UCAUAGUUCACAUGCAUUACAAGAACAUUUCAUGCUGGCAUACUAAUAUGUUGGCCACUAUGAAAUUAUCAAACAUACUAGUGACAUGCAACCUUAAUAAUUUGCAAGUCUUGAGAUCCAAUCACAAGAUGAGCACUAGUGCAAGGUCUCACAAAAUCCAACCUAAAAAUUUGGCAUUCAAUAUAAGAUCCAAGCAUCAAAAUUAUAACUCUCUUGGUGGUCACCUCGCCCAGCGACUCGUUCAGAUUGGCGUGUCAGACGUUUUCUUUGUGCCUGGUGACUUCAACCUCGCGCUUCUUGACCAUCUUGUAGCCGAGCCUCAACUCAACCUAAUUGGUUGUUGCAACGAGUUGAAUGCUGGGUAUGCAGCCGAUGGCUAUGCUCGGUCACGCAGUGUUGGAGCCUGCGUGGUGACCUUCACUGUCGGCGGUCUUAGCAUUAUGAACGCUAUAGCCGGUGCGUACAGUGAGGAUCUUCCGGUCAUUUGUAUAGUUGGGGGCCCUAACUCAAAUGAUUAUGGAGCUAAUAACAGAAUUCUUCACCAUUCUAUUGGGUUAGCUGAUUUUAGUCAAGAGCUCAAAUGCUUCCAACAAAUCACUUGUCAACAGGUGGUUGUGAAUAACUUGGAUAAUGCACAAGAGCAAAUUGAUGGGGCCAUAGCUGCAGCAUUAGAGCAUAGCAAACCUGUGUACAUUAGCAUAAGUUGCAAUCUGCCUGGAUUAUCUCAUCCUUCCUUUCUUCGCAACCCACUUCCAUUCUCCUUACCAGUCAGACUAAGUAACACUGUGGAGCUAGAACUAGCAGUAGAAACAGCAGCAGAGUUCUUGAACAAAGCAGUCAAGCCAAUCCUUUUGGCUGGACCGAAACUCCGAUCAGCAAAAGCUACCGAGGCAUUCCACGAGCUUUCUAAUGCGAGUGGUUAUUCGGUGGCUAUCAUGCCUACAGCAAAAGGGCUUGUACUAGAGAAUCACCCUCGCUUCAUCGGUACAUACUGGGGCACAAUAAGCACUCCCUAUUGCAAUGAGACUGUUGAACUGGCCGACGCUUACCUUAUCGCCGGCCCAGUAUUCAACGAUUAUAUCAAUGUAGGGCACUCGCUCUUACUUAAAGAAGAGCGAGCCAUAAUUGUUCAACCCCAUAGUGUUAGAAUCGGAAAAGGUCCUACCUUUCGAUUCGUUGAGAUGAAAGACUUCUUAGUGGCAUUAGCAAAGAGAAUAAAACACAAUACAACAUCUCAUGAGAAUUAUGAGAGAAUGUAUAUGGCAGAUGAUGGAGGUCAUCCUCUAAUAAUGAGAUCUUCUUGGUCAAGUGGUGAUGAGAUCAUGAUGAAGAAGGAGGCGUUGAGAGUUAAUGUGGUGUAUGGGCAUUUGGAGAAAAUGUUGUCUAGUAACACAACUAUGAUUGCUGACACUGGUGUCUCAUGGUUUAGUUGCCAAAAGCUCAAAUUGCCACAAGGAUGUGGGUUUGAAGUUCAAAUGCAUUAUGGAUCAAUCGGUUGGUCAGUAGGAGCUAGUCUUGGGUAUGCACAGGCAGCAUCACCAAACAACCGAGUCAUUGCUUGCAUUGGAGAUGGCAGUUUUCAGAUGGGUGCACAAGAGGUGUCAACAAUGCUUCGUUGUGGACAAAAUAGUAUAAUAUUUCUAAUUAACAAUGGAGGGUACACCAUAGAAGAAGUCAUACAUGAAGGAUCCUACAAUGUUAUUAAGAAUUGGAACUACACUGCUUUAGUUGAUGCAAUUAAUAAUGGUGAACACAAAUGUUGGACCACUAAGGUUUCAUGUGAGGAGGAACUUGUUGAAGCAAUGAAGAUGGCAACAGAAGAAAAAAGAGAGUACUGUUUGUGCUUCAUUGAAGUGUUAGUACACAAGGAUGACACAAGCAAAGAGUUGGUUGAGUUCUGCUUAAGAACAUCCCUUUUCACUUCUCGAGCACCUACUUAUAUUUUAUAAUCUUAUAAAUUAAUUACAAUAAUAUCUCUUAUUAUAAUUUAGUCUCAAUAAAUUGAACUUGUGCUAAAAACUUAUCAAUCAUAAUUUAUAUAAUAUGCAUGGUUAUUAUUA